AUGCCCUACUGUCCUCCUUGUGACAGGCACUUCCGCCUAGAGAACUCCUUGGACCAACACAUCCGUGCCGUACACUCUCAGACCUACUGUUGGCGCUGUGAAAGACACUUUCCGCACGCACGUGCAAAGCAACAACACCUUGAGAACUCUCCACGACAUCACAUCUGCACUCACUGCGAUUACGAGCCCGACUUCGACUCACAAGGUGAUCUGACAGAUCAUCUGAUAGAAGAACACCAUGCUUGCAUUCCAUGUCAUGAGUACUUCUCCGAUGAGGAAGAUCUUCUGGAGCAUGAUGUGGAUGUUCAUCAUAAAUGCCGAACCUGCGACCGAUUCUUCAGCUCGCGAUCGAACCUGAUCAACCACCGCAAGACCCACGCCGCAAGAAAUGUCGAAUGCCUCGGAUGUUCAAGGAUGUUCAUCUCCCGUUCAGCCAUGGUGCUCCAUCUUGAGGCCAACACUUGCGAGUCGGGGUCUGACGAACAUUCCAUCAGACAGUACGUUUGGGACUACUACGAGAUCUACGGGCGCUGGAAUCAUGACCACGACGAUGAUCUUGACUGUGGUAGCUGCGGAACGUAUUUUAACAAGUUGAGCGCUCUGCUGCAGCAUGUCGAAAGUGAAAGCUGUGACGCGAGUAGCUCGGACUACGACUCGCUUUUCGACUAUAUAGAGCAAAGCAUUUGCUAA